CAUCAGCUGGACUUCCCUUUCAUAAUGACCAUUCUCUUUUCUCUCUGCCCACACCCCUUGUCCCUCGACCAUUCAAAAGCGAGAUGAAAAGGCCAGCAGGAUACUUGACAAAAAGAUGACCAUUCAUAGCCUCACACAUAUAAAAACCAACUCUGCGCACCAGCUUCGCUCUCAGAUCACGAUUUGGCGCCUGCGAUGUCAACUUGGAUUUUUGUAACAUAAAUUUUACCGUCUGCACUUCACGAUCUGUUUUAACUCCGUGUAUAUGCAGAGUCAGUUAUGUUUGCAUGAAUUUUGCUGGUAAACAUACCUCAUUCGAUUUCGUCCCUCAUUCUCUCCGUGGAUAUAUUCUUCUUUAGAAAUGUUUGGAUCAAGUGUGUUCGAUAGUUCCACACGCCUCGCUGUUCCAGUCCUUACCUUUUUGGCGAUAGUUUCAUCAGCUUUUGGAUACAAUGCAACAUUCUUGCAACGAGAGGUCAACGGCAAAUGCAAUCAUCUCGCCCACCAUAGCAACGGCCGCAUCAUUUCGCACCUGGGUACCACGCACUAUGCCGACAACAAGGAUUGCCAGGUGACGAUUAGCGUCGCGCCGGGGAAACGACUCUUCCUCAGGUUCGACCGAUUCGACAUUACCGACUCGGUGAAUUGCUUUCAGGAUGAAGUCUUGGUCUACGAUGGAACGACUAUCUCAAGCCCCAUGUUGACGGGCCGUCUCUACGGGCUGUGUGGAUCACUGCCCCGUCAGUACAGGACCAUGCAUUCCAGCAGCAACGAGGUCACCGUCAGGUUCAUCACCGAUGACGUCACGUCGGACAAUCAGGGCUUCGCCAUCUCGUACGUCAGCUAUGUGCCCACCAGUGCCGCUGACGCAAGUGAUUCGAACAACUGCUUCGCCUGCCGAGAAAGUUCGAUGUGUAUUGAUCGUCAUCUAAUGUGUGAUAACCUAUGGCACUGCCCUGAGGGCAGCGACGAAUCAUUUCAACUAUGUUACGAAUCACCUGAUAGUGUAGAGGAGUCAAGUGGUCAUGGCUGGUUGUCAUGGACGGGGACCCAUGUCGCCAUGGCCUUCGCCGUCGCCGCCGUUCUCUUCAUCAUCUCCUCGUUGAUCUUCUGCUGCUGCUGCCAUCAACCGUCAUCCGAAACACUCGACGACUCGAACCCGCAGGUGAUCACCGACGCUAACAUGUACUACAUGCAGCAAGCCAAGCCCGAUGUCGCCUCCAGCGCACCGCAAGCCAACCACGGGAAAAACGCACCACGCAGCCGCAACUCGAGCAACUACACCGAGCACCGAUAUGACGUCGUCAACGCCGAAGCAUCGGACGCUAUGAUUGGCUUCCCGUCCGUGAGCGAGCCGAGUGCGCUCAACACGGCGAAUUCUGAUUGGUGGGAAGUACGCCGCAGCUGCGGAGACGGCUGCCAAGCGGGAAUGCCGACGAGCUACGAGGUUUACGAACACCAUCAUCAUAUGUAUCCAAACUGCGUCGAGUAUGAAUCGGAGACGACGUCACCGCUCACGCAAGAGUAUUACGUCCCAAACAUGUCGUUUAUUGAGCAACAAGAAUUGAGGUGGCAGCAUUUGACGGGCCAGCACCACACGCGCGUUUCCUUGCCCCCAGAAGGAGGUCAUUGAGCUGCAGUAAAUCUUUACGCAGACAGUAACAUUUAUAUCGAUAUUGUAUAUUGGUAUCGGCACAUCCCUCUUUAAAAAACGGGUCAGUUAGAUAAAUGACAACAGGGUAUAACACUAUGGCAACACGUCGUAUCAUGUAUCACUCAGAGAGGGCAGAGUAUUCAGGUAUUUGUUGUGCGAAACGUUCGUUUAUAAAUUCACGGCGAUAAGCCAUGUUUGGUCAAUAUUAUGAAUGCACACAUUUGACGUUUACAUUGUAUCAUUUACGUAGCCACUCGCACAAACAUGAUACUACAUAGUGGGAAAAGAUUUAAAUAUUAACAGUACAAAGUCCGGUUGGUAUGUGAAUUAUCAUGAUUCAAUUCUCUUGUCAUAGCUGAUCAAAUUUACAUGAUGUUUCGAUUAAUCAUCUAUGACAAGUUUUUUUGGAUUAGUGCUAUGUAGCAUUAUCAACCUCAACAUUUUCACAUAUUUAUAUAUGUCAAUCACAGACAAUAAUCACAUCGAUCUGGGACUUGCAUGCUAGAAAAUUGCAAUGUGAAACGAAUUAUGAAUGGUGUAUGUCCUAAACUGUAAUAUUAUGGAGGUUAAUCGGACAGGGAAGAUUAAAAUAUGCUCGGCCAUCCGGUAGGUAAGCCAAAUGACAAGAGAUUUUAAUAUUAAAGCAAAACAUUCGUAUAUACGACACUUUAAGUUGCCACUUACACAUCAGUCACACCGCAAAACCGACUCCACGCCGACCUCAAACCUACUCCAAACCGACUCCACAAUGACUCCACAUAAACUUCACACCGACUGCACACCGACUCCAUACCGACUCCAUACCGACUCCAAACCGACUCCACUGACUCCACACCGACUUCACACCGACUCCAUACCGACUCCAUACCGACUCCAAACAGACUCCAAACCGACUCCAUACCGACUCCAAACCGACUCCAUACCGACUCAAACUGUCUUACUCUUUGCCAUGUGUAAUGGAAUGUUUGAUCGGUCCGUUGUCGGCAUGGUGUCGUUCUUGUUGGUUUGCUUGAGGUAUGAAACAAAUGACAACUUUGAAAAAGGUUUGUUCAUACUAAUACAACACCAGGAUUUUUUUUUAAAUCUCAGUCACACCGCCAUACCAAAUCCACACCGGCAUCGUUCUCGCCAUUGGUAUAAAUGUAAGUUUUUGUUCGGGGGGGGGGGGGGGUUGUCGGUUUGGAGUCCGUCUUGUCGGUGUGACUGAGGUAGACAUUGCACGUUUAGGGGUGAAACAAUGCACCCAGUUAUCAUGGUUACAGCUACAGGAUGAAACCUUUUGCACCCUUAUGGGUGCAUCUUCGCACCCCUACAGUGCACCUAGUUUGCCCCUUGUGAGGUGAAAACUUUCCACCCUUUCAGAAUAAAACUCAUGUGUCCAUGUAUAAUAAGUGGGAUGAUUACAACCAUUGUGAUAAGUUGAACAAUCUGGUCUCAAGUUAUGUCAUUAUUUUGUCAACAUAAUUAUUGUCGACAGAACUACCCUCUUUUACUGAAUAAUUUUACCCGACUUGCUUUAACAGUGUAUUGUAAUUCCAUUUCAAAAAUGUUAUGUGAGUCAGGUCGUAGGGUGGUUUUAAUGCCUAGGUCUCGAUGUCCUCAAUUAGUCAUCUAAAUCGUCGCGGUGUAGCCACCCACACAACUGACACACUUAAUCCCAAAUAACAAAUGUUUGCACCUUUUUAAGUGAAAGAUUAUGAUGACAAUGCUAUUAUAAUACAAUGCAAUUUCAAAGUUAUAAUGUGUUAUUUUGAAAUAUAUAAGUAUAUUGUUAUAUGUGAAAUAAAUAUAUAUAAUGCCAGUAUA